GUCGGCUGCUGCUGCAGUGCAGUGUGCGGAGUUAAAGUCGCGAGAGGUCCGCGUGUAUAUUAAUCGCCGCAGCAACGAUCACAAACCGAAUCCGUCGAACAACUCAAACCGAAUGGUGGCUUUUGUCUGAAGAGGAGCAAACGGACUCAGACGCCGUGGUCGACAGACGUACACCAGAUACCAGACCCUUGAACUGGAAAAAGAGUUCCACACCAACCAUUACCUGACUCGCCGGCGGCGGAUAGAGAUGGCGCAUGCGCUGUGCCUCACCGAAAGGCAAAUAAAGAUAUGGUUCCAAAACAGGAGGAUGAAGCUGAAAAAAGAGAUACAGGCCAUUAAGGAGCUGAAUGAGCAGGAGAAACAGGCGCAGGCGCAGAAGGCCGCCGUGCUGGCAGCCGCUCAGGCCGCCGGUGAUCGCUAAAAGAAAAACGGAUAACAUCUUUUUUUUUUUAAAACAACCACCCCUGACCUAUAAUAUACGAGUUAUCAUUAAUUUUCCUUAUCGUUUUAUUAUUAUUAUUUUAUUUUUUACCCCCUUCGUCGCCAUAUUUUUUUAACGUUUUU